CAGCAAGCUAACAAUCUCCCUUUAGAUGUAUUACAAUAAUGGCAAUGUUUUUGCUAUGUUAUCUCUGAAAUUUCCAGGUUAAUUCAGAAAGAAAAGGAAAAACGAUGUUCAGGUUGCACAAAACAAGGCCAAUUAAAUCAGGGGAAAAGAUAGAUUUUAAAUUCUCCAAUUUCAAAGCAGUUCAGGUGCCAAAAGGAUGGGACAGGUUGUUCAUGUCCAUAAUCUCUUUGGAGAACGAAAAAACCAUUGCAAAAACAAAAAAAGCAGUAGUUCGAGAUGGGAUUUGUCAAUGGACAGAGACUCUGUCAGAAUCUAUUUGGGUUUCACGAAAAAAGGCUUCCAAAGAGAUGGAGGAUUAUCUCUUCAAGCUUGUUGUAGCUAUGGGAUCAGCUAAAUCUGGCAUUCUUGGAGAGGCUACAGUGAAUAUGACAGGUUAUGUAAAUUCAAACGUCAUUGUUCCAGUUUCAUUACCAUUGGAAAAAUGUAACCAUGGGACCAUUUUGCAAGUCAACAUUAAUUGUUUGACACCAAGACCAAAAACCAUGGAUGAUGAACCAAAGCAGACAGAUUGCGAUGCAAAGUGUGAUCUGAGCUUUAAUUCUUGUGGACCAGAGAGUGUUUUAGCAACGAGUGUUUCUUCCCCUUGUCAAGAUUUGUUCACUGACCCACGCCAGGGAGAACUUCAGAGUAGGGAAGCAAGUUUCUCAACUUCAGAUUCACAUCACAGCUAUGAUUCGGCCGAGAGUUCUAUAGGGAGGGAAAGUUUCUCUCCUACAAGCAAUUUGUGUCAUGAGACACACAACCUGAUACAAAUUCAAGAUUCACUCGGCUCCCAAAACAAUUUGCCUGAUGCGAACUGUCACCUUGAUGAUCUUUCUCAAUCAAAUCAUUCAUCAUUUGAUUCACAAAUUAUUGGUUCGCAAAGCACUUUUUCGGAUAAUCAGCAGGAGUUUUCUGCAUCAACUUUGAGAGUGACAGAUUCUUCUAAGUAUCUUCUUGAAGCAGCGGAAAAAACGAUUGAAGAGCUACUUGCAGAAGCAAAGAUGUGGGAGAGGAAUGCCUACAAGUUAAUACUUGACUUGGACAUGUUAAGGAAAGAAUACUCUGAUCAGUCCAAAAGCCUGGCAAAUUUGGACAUGGAGCUAUCGACAGCAAAUUUAGAACGUGAUGCACUGAGAAAAGAAGUUGAACAGCUGAAACUGUUGUUGGAGAAGUCAAUGGUGAAACAAAUAACAUUGAAAGAUUCAACAUUUCAGGAUGGAGGAGUAACCCAUAUUCAGAAAGAAUUGGAAAAUGAAAUUAAGUUCCAAAAGGAGUCCAAUGUUAACCUUGCUUUGCAGUUGAAGAGGAGUCAAGAUGCAAAUGUUGAGCUUGUUUCAGUUCUUCAUGAGCUGCUAGGGACCACAGAAAAGCAAAGAGUUGAAAUGGAGAAUAUUUCAGCCCUGAAGUCACAAUUCAGUGAACUGGAAAGCUAUCUCCAGCUAAAUACAGAGGAAAAUAGGAACUUACAGAUCCAGUUGCAACAAUCAAAAGAAUCAGAGAAGAAUUUGCAGGCCAAGGUGCAACAUCUUGAAAAGGCUUUGAAGGACAAAGAAGAUGACAUGGACGCUGGAAUGGCACUGAACAGUGAUGCCCUUUUGGAUAUUGAGGAAGAAUACAGAAGCAAGUUAGCAGCUAAAGAAAGAGAAAUUGUUGGUUUGGAAGUAAAGCUAUCUGAGUCUCUCAAGGAAAGACAUUUUGUGAAUCUGGAGUCCAGAAAGGGAGGUGAUGCACAUCUGAUCAGAGAAAUUGAAGCCCUGAAAGCAAAACUAGGGGAGUUAAAAAGUGAUUGUAAUGAGCUGACUGAUGAAAACCUUCAAUUACUACUCAAGCUAAAGGAAACAAAGAACAACUUCAAAGAAGGAGUUCCAGCCACUAAUUUUUCGUCUGAUGAGCUUUCAGCUAGUACCGGAUUUGAGCUGAGUGAAAACAUGUCACAAAUGCUUUUUCUGGAAGAGAAGCUUAAAAAGAAAAUUCUCAGGGAGAUUCAAAGUGACUAUAAUAGUUACAUUCAGGAACUUGAAAGUCAGAAUAUGGAAUUGGAAGCAGAAGUAACAGAAGUAGGAAAGAAGUUAACUCAAAAAAGGACUGAAAUACAAACACUUGAGGCAACUAUGCAGUCAAAGGAAGAGGAGAAUGUGGAACUUAGACGGAAUCAAAGUAAACUAGAAGCGAAGGUGUCUAAUCUCCAAAGAGAGAAGGCUCAACUAGAGGAUAAGUUACAAGUCAUCCAAAGAGAAAGUGUUAUCGCUACCAAGUGCCUGGAUGAUCUGCAAAAUGAUAGCAGCAGUAUGGAUUCCGGUGUUUCUGCUGAGCUAGAAAUAGUAAAACAUGAACUUGAGAUACAUUUAUUAGAGCUGGAAGACGAAAACAAGCUGUUGUCAUUACGUCUGUCCCUUCUGGAAGCUCAACUAGAAGAUUUGAAAGAUGAGAGAGAUUCAACUCAAAUGCAACUUGAGGAUUCGAAGUCACUUGUUACAAGUCUCAAGGAUGAGAUUACAAGAUCUAGAAAUGAGAUGGAGGCUCGAAAAACAGAUAUGGGAAAACAGCCUCAGGACAUGCAUGAUCAGUGGUUGGCUUCUGAAGAAAAGUGUGAAUAUCUCAGAAGAGCAAAUACAAAGUUACAAGAAACUACUGAGACACUCAUUGAAGAAUGCAAUUCACUUCAGAGGUCAGUUGGAGACUCGAGGAAGGAAAAGUCAAAAUUGGAUAAGCAUUGUGCUCACUUGGAGGCCAAACUAAGGGAGUCAGAUAAAAGCUUGACUGAUUGCCGCAAAAAGAUUGAAGUUUUGGAGGAAAAUCUUACAUUGGUGAUUGAAGAUUUUGCAUCAAAAGAGGAAAGCCUCACUUUGGAAUUGGAUGCAAUUCAUGAUAAAAGCAAGAAACUUGAGGCUAAACUGAAGCUUGAAGAAAGCUCCUGGAAUCAAAUGUAUUUGCAGAAGACAAAAGAAGUUGAAAAUCUUCAACAAGAGGUAGAAAACCUAGCAAAGCAACUCUCUGAAGCGCAAAAUGAGAAAGAGAAAACAGCUUAUGAUGCUCUACGGGAAAUUUCUGGUUUGCAUGCAGGUAAAGUUGAACUAGAGUCAGCUCUUCAAGAAGGUGUAUCUAAAAUGAAACUUACCGAGAGUGAAUUCAAGAAAAUACAAACUGAAGCUAAAACAAAAAUGGAAGACCUGUUGGGUGAACUUGCAGCCUCUAGAGAAAACCAAGAAACACUGAUGGCAGAGCAUGAAAAAGCACUGAGGUUGUUGGAGAGUUACAAGUCCAGUGAAGGGAAACUUAAAACCAUUAUGAAUGGCCUUGAACUAAAGCUAACUGUUUCUGAAUAUGAACGGCAGCAAGUUUCAGAACAAUCUACCAAUAUGAAGGUUCAGCUGCUGAAAAUAGAAAAUCUUCAGGAUGACAUUUUGGCUCUCAGAAAUGAGUGCAAUGCAAUCAAAGCUGACAAGGAGAAACUGGAAGCUUCAUUACAUCUACUGUCUGGAGAAUGUGAUGAUUUGAAGGCAGAGAAAAAUUCCUUUCUGGGGCAGAUUUCUACCUUGCAAAAGGUUGUAUCAGAAUUAGAAGACUAUAAACCUGAAAAAGUAGCCUUAGAAGAAAAACUUGUGAGGAUGGAGGGUGACCGCCUGGCAAAAGAGGCAUUAUUAUUAACGCAGUUUGGAGAGCUUAAAAAUGAGCUUCACCAGAUCAAGAGAACAAACAGACUAUUCCAGCAGCAAAUAAAACAGCUUCAACAUGAGAAAGAUGAGCUUCUGAUAAAAGCUCAAACCCUUGAAGAAAAAUUGAAACUGAAAGUGGAAGAGAAACAGAAGCAGCGGCAGUCCAAUUCUCACAGAAACCAACAUAAAAGAGAAGAUAAUAGUUACGAUGCCCAUGAACAUGAUGGAAGCCUUCAAGCUGUUGGAGUUGAUCCUGUCUCUAAGAUUCAGUUGCUUGAAAAUGAACUUGCCAAGGCUAUGGAAGCCAAUAACACGUAUAAAGUUCGUCUAAGUAGAUUAUCAGACGGUCGGAAAAGUCGAUCAAAUUCGCCUAGAAAAUCAUCUAUUGAAGGUGAAGUUGUGGCAAAAGAAAAAUAUGAAAGCACAAAAUCAUCUCUAGAGGCGGAGCUAAGGGACAUCCGCGAGCGAUACCGCCACAUGAGCCUUAAAUAUGCAGAAGUGGAAGCUCAGCGUGAAGAACUUGUCAUGAAGCUUAGAGGAGUCAAGAGUAUGAGGAGGUGGUUCUCAAACCCUUCCAAUUAAGUAACUCUUUUUCUCCUACUAAUUUGAAACAUUUCUUUCAGUUUUCCCCAAUAAAAUGCUUAUAAAAUACUGUGCUAGCUAGAUUCAAUUUCAUUGAUAUUCAAGAAAGAAAGUGUGUUUUCCAGAGACAAACUGAAACAAGAAAUUAAGUUUCUCAUCUGGGUUUGUAACCAAUAAAAUACCCCAGGGUUGGCACUUAGCAGCCUGAUGAACGCAAUAUUUUUGGUCCAUUCUUGCCAAGCAAAAAUCCAGAAGCACAUUCUCAUGUCUGAUUUAGAACUAAAUCCU